UGCUGCUAGAGGAGGUGAUCAUACCUCAGCAGAGAGUGUGUCUUGAGAUCUUGAGAAGAUACCACCAGGGAGUUCCAGGACACAUCACAGUUCAGCUAGACCAUGAGGAUGGGUUGACCAUCUGGAAGGCUGCUCACCUGAAAACCGCACCAACAUGGAAGACAGAAAGGUCCUCCAUUUUGUGCCCUCUGAGGCACCAUCAUCCGGGAGUUCCAAGAAUGGAUAUGUUUUUCAAGAGAUGGAACUAGUGGACGGAAAGGUGGAGAAAAAUGGGCAGCAGUCAGACGCUGCCAUCAUCAAUGGGAGUCAGGUCCAGAUCAGUCUGUCAGAUGAUGACGGAAUUCCUGGGUACGGCCUCCUCAACACAACAAGAAAGUAUGUGAAGCCCAUGAACUUCCAGGAGGAGGUACGUGCUCACAGAGACCUGGACAGCUUCAUGGCUCAGGCCAGCAUUCUACUGGACGAAAGGUCAGCGACGCUGGACGAUGUCCUCAAGCGCAUGCUGACUCACGUGGUGGACGACAACCAAGGCGAUCUUGACGCAGAAGAAGUCAUGAACACGUUAUUCACCGAUGCCGGAGGAAGGGAGUGUGAUGGUAAUGAGAAAGUUAGUGUGGCUAUUUUUUUUAGGCAAAAGCCAAGUUACCGUGUUGUUGCUUCCACAGUUCAUCUUUUAUCGGAAACCAUUCAGGGGGUCACUGCUACGUCGACUGGCGUCCGAUACCAGCAGUCCUGGCUUUGUAUUCUCGCAAAUGUGAGGUCACUGCAGAAACGCCAUGUUUGUAUUGCACGUCUGGAGCGACCGCAAAACUGGGGAGCCAACUGUCAGGAAGCACGCUAUGUCAUUCUCAUUCUGACCCCGCCCAGAACGAAAAGCACAAAGUCGGCCAUUGAACUCGGUCGCACCUUCGCCACCAUGUUUUCGGACAUCACCUUCAGGCAGAAGCUUCUGGAGACCAAAACAGAGGAGGAGUUCAAACAGGAGCUUGUCAAUCAUCGAAAGCAGCUCUGUAUCGUUGAUGAGAAGCAAACGGAGAAGGAAGUGGACAACUCAGACCCUCGCAAGGGCAAGCCACUAGAGUGCAAGGAUUUUGUGAAAGUGGGCAAAGGCGUUUACGACGACCUUCGGCGCCGAUUGCCUCUCUAUCCUUCAGACUUCACAGACGGAUUGACAGGGAAGGACCGCUGUCUGCUCAAGUACACCACGACCGCCAUUUUUCUCUACAUUGCCAUUUUACUGCCAGCUAUCGCCUUUGGUUCGCUGAAUGAUGAAAGCACGAGAGGAGAGAUCGACGUGCAGAAGACCAUCAUUGGUCAGAGCAUUGGAGGUGUCAUCUAUUCUUUAUUUGCCGGCGCGCCACUUGUUAUUCCACUGACUACAGCCCCCCUGGCUAUCUUCAUAAGCGUGAUCAGGGGCAUUUGUGAUGAUUACGACCUCGACUUUGACGCCUUCUACGCCUGCAUCGGUUUGUGGAACAGUUUGUUCCUCAUCCUGGGAGGUUUAUUCAACGUCAGUCUGGUGAUGAAGCUCUUUAAACGCUCAACAGAAGAAGUCAUUGCGCUCUUCAUCUCCAUCGCGUUUGUCGGGGACGCAGUUAAAGGCACCGUCAAAAUUUUCAAUCACUACUACCAUGGACCAGUACUGGGGACCACAAACAUCACAGUUCUGCAGCAGGAGUUUGCUCAGCUUCUGGAAACAGUGAACCAGACAAACCUGACAGGACCAGCGACAGAGCAUCCUCCGAUCUACCUGCCCGAGUCUCUGGUGUUGUGCUCCAGAGAAAGACCAGUGCUGUGUUUGCUGCUCAUGCUGGGGACCCUGUGGUUCGGAUACGCACUGUACCUCAUCAAAAGAAGCCCAUAUCUGAACGGCAAAAUCAGAGAGGUGGUGUCAGACUGUGCCUUGCCGAUCUCCGUGGUGACAUUCUCCUUCAUCGGCUCCUACCUCUUCCUUGACAUACAGCUUCCCGUGUUCAGCGUCCAUGACGGGAGAAUUUUCAAUUACCCUGUUUUCGACAAGAUGUCGGGAAUGAACGUCCUCAGCUGCGCAGGGCUGGGCUUCCUCCUCGCUUUGCUCAUCUUCAUUGACCAGAACAUUGUCAUCUCGCUCACUCAUGUGCCAGAACACAAGCUGCUGAAAGGCACCACCUUCCACUGGGACUUGGUGCUGACAGGUUUCAUCAAUAUCUGCAUGUCCUGCCUGGGCUUGCCCUGGAUGCAUGCUGCCUUCCCACAUUCAUCCCUGCACGCCCGUCAGCUGGCCAAGACGGAGCAGCAUGUGGAGAACGGACACCUAUACACCACCAUUGUCAGCGUGAAAGAAACGCGUCUGACGUCGUUGGCGGCGAACAUCCUGAUCGGUCUGUCGGCCUACAUGCUGCCCAUCCCGCUGCAGUGGAUCCCCAAACCCGUCCUCUAUGGUCUCUUCCUCUACAUCGCGGCUACCUCUCUAGACGGGAACCAGAUGGUGGACCGAAUGGCUCUCCUGCUGAAGGAACAGACCUCCUAUCCGCCCACACACUACAUCCGGCGUGUGCCUCAGCGGAAGGUUCACUUCUUCACCGGCGUGCAGAUGGUCCAGCUCACGAUCCUGUGUGCUUUUGGGAUGUACCCGCUGCCCUACAUGAAGAUGGUUUUCCCGCUCCUCAUGAUCUUGCUCGUCCCUAUCAGAACCAGCCUACUUCCUCGGCUAAUUGAAGCCAAGUAUCUGGACAUCAUGGACGCCCAGCACAUGUAGAACAAUGGAGAAGCAUCAGAAGAAGAAAUAAUGAUCCUGAGUGCAGAGGGAACAGAUGCACGAUGCAAUUACGGCUAAUGACUGUUGGGAAGGCCACGUGGACCCAACGAUUUCAGCGGGAGCUGGCAGCCCAAGUGAUGCCAUUCACAUCACGUUAUUUGCAUUUUCCUUGUUUAUCAUUAGCCAGGUUCAUUUUCAUUUCAAUGUCAUAUGUUUUCUUCAGCGGGGAGGAUUCGUCUCCUGCGUGUUCCAUUUGCUGUUUAUCGUAAGCUCCGCUGGCAGAUGUGUAGUUCAAGUGUCUCCGUUUAAAAAACAAACAAAAGUUCAGCUAUAUUGUUUGACAAAUGGAGUAUCAUCAUAAAAAGAAAAAUGUAUAAAAUGUAUUCUUUUUUUUAAACCCAACAUUCUGUUUAGAAAGUUGUGUUUGUUCCUAAUUCUGUCAUUUUUUAAUUUUUUUUGCCAUAAAAAACAUCAGAAGAAAUGUCUGUGGAUAAGUGAACAAUUCGCCUAAAGCAUAUUAUUUACUGUUUGAAAAAGGGUCAACAAUUUAGUCAAUAGAUGACAUGCUUUAUUUAUAAUGAAUUAAAACAUAUAUAUUUAAAUUCAUUAUGUAUAUUUGGAUUUGAAUGAAACUGUUUUCAUUCCAAAUGAAUGUCAGGAACUUUCCAGGGGAAACUUAAUAGACAAAUAAAGAAUUCCUCUACUUAGGUAGAGGAUUCUCAACAUAAAAAGCAAUGCUGUUAUAAAGAAAAAAUAAUGUGUGCAAUAUGUUUCAUGUUGUGUGUGGAUCAAUGGUUUGUAAUAUCCAUAAUUAGAAUCACUCUUUUCAUCAUGUCCCAGCAUUGUUUUUAAACUGCUCCUGCCUGUGUUUAACUGUAAAGUUUGAUCUCAAGCUGCUGCGAUGAUAUGUACAUUUAUGGUGCAAUUUUAAUCCUUUGCACCAUCAAAAAUAAGUUUUCCUGUCCUCAAGACAAAGAAGUCGCAUCAAACAUGGCGCAGAGAAUCAUUUGAGUAUGUUGAAAGUGUGUCCUUAAAUCUGAUGUUAAAUAAAUAAAGUA